UAAGAAAAUGACAAACGAAAAAACACUCUAAACUGGUUUUUUUUUUUUUUUGGGUCAACACACUCUGACCUAGCCUUAGUAGCAAAAUCAAAGUAAAAACUAAUUCCCAAAAUCCACUCUUUCUUCAUCUUUCAGUUUCCUAUCCAACCAAGGCGCGGUUGCGAGCAUGGCUGAGUUGGUGGGCGGAGCUUUUCUCUCUUCUUUUCUCUCUGUUUUGUUCGACCGGAUGGCUUCCCGUCCCGUCGUCGACUUCAUCUCUGGAAAGAAAAACAACAACGAGCUGCUCAUGAGGGAGUUGAAGAUCAAGUUGCUCACUGCUAACAAGCUGGUGGAUGAUGCCGAGGAGAAGCAGAUGACAAGCCCGACCGUGAGGAAGUGGCUCGACGAUCUCAAAGAUGCUAUCUACUGUGUAGGAGAGUUGCUGGACGAGAUCAACACUGAAGCUCUUCGACGCCGGCUGGAAGGUGACGAUAACCAUUCUCCUGCAGCUAGCAGCAGCACAAGCCGGAUCAUGAGAUCAGUAUUCAAGUCUUCUUCUCCGUCCGAUGAAUUUCACAACUCUCUCGAAUCGAAGAUAUCAAACAUUCUGCGCGUGUUAGAUCUCAUUCUCAAUGAAAAAGAUGUUCUUGGUCUGAAGGAAGGUUCUCCAGAUAGACCCCAAGAAAGAACUCGUCAAACUACUUCUCGAUUCGAUGAGGCUGGCGUCUUCGGAAGGGAAAAGGACAGAGAAACGAUCCUUGAAGCGUUACGUUCGGAUCAUCCGACUGGCCCUAGGAUAGGAGUGCUUCCCAUUGUGGGCAUGGGAGGGAUCGGAAAGUCCACCCUUGCUCAACUGGUGUACAAAGAUGUAAAGGUUGACUUUGGCGUCCAAGCAUGGGUUUGGGUCGGACAAGAAUUUGAUAUUCUUCAAAUAGCACAAACAAUAUAUGGGAGGAUCACGGAUCAAACUUGCGGGAUCACAGAUCUGGAUCUGCUUUCUGAAAAAUUGGAGGCGAUUUUGACAGGAAAGAAGUUCCUCUUCGUUCUUGAUGAUGUCUGGAGUGAGGAUUAUCUUCAUUGGAAUGACUUGAUGGCUCACUUCAAUCGUUGCGGAGUACAUGGAAGUAGGAUCAUUGUUACAACACGCCUCCGACGUGUUGCAUCUAUCACCGGCACUCUUUCAGCACAUUAUCUGUUGGAGAUAUCCGAGGACGAUUCUUGGUUGUUAUUUGCAAAGCAUGCCUUCACGGAUGCCAGUGUUAUUACUGCACAUCCGUAUCUUGAAGUCAUUGGAAGGCAAAUUGUUAAGAAGUGUCAAGGCCUUCCUUUAGCCAUAAAAUCAUUAGGGGGCCUAUUACACUCUGUUUUGAAUCCAAAGCAAUGGGAAAACAUAUUGAAGAGUGAUUUAUGGGAGUUGUCAAACAAUAGGGUUUUGCCGGCUCUAUGGUUAAGUUACCAUUAUUUGCCUCUGCAUCUCAAGCGUUGUUUUGCUUACUGUGCAAUAUUUCCUAAAGGUUACGCAUUUCGAUCUGCAAAGUUAAUCUUAUUGUGGAUGGCUGAAGACCUCUUACAACCCCACGAGAAGGAGGUAUUGGAAGAUGUUGGAAGUCACUACUGCGAUAUUUUAUUAUCAAGGUCUUUCUUUCAACAUUCGGUAAACGAGUAUGGUCAGUCAUGUUUCACCAUGCAUGACCUUAUCAAUGAUUUAGCAAAGUUUGUAUCUGGAGAGUUUUGUUUGAGAUUGGAGGACGACCAUCGGACAGUCAAUAGAAAUAUAUGCAGAACUCGUCAUGUUUCUUUCAUGGGGUUUGCCGAUCAAAGCAUUCAGAACUUCGAGGCGCUAUAUGAGGCUAAGCAUUUGCACACCUUUCUACAACUACGUUCAGCAAGUCCUUCAGUAAGUUUUAAUGCCAGCCAUAAGUUGAUGCUGAGAAACGAACUUGUAGAUCUAUUGCCAGUUCUACGAUGUUUAAGAGUGCUCAGUUUAUCAAAAAGCAGUAUUGUUGAGUUGCCUAGCUCAAUUGGCAACUUAAAACAAUUAAGGCAUUUGGAUGUGUCUUACACUUCUCUAAGAGAAUUACCUGAGACGGUGUGCACCUUGUACAAUUUACAGACCAUAUUGUUGUCCUGUUGUUUUCAACUUACUCAACUACCAACUGAACUGGGGAAACUAAUCAACUUGCGCCAUCUCAGUAUCAGAAGAACAAAUGUCAAAAAGAUGCCUCCAGGGAUGUGUAAUUUGAAAAAUCUCCAAACAUUAAGCGAUUUUGUGGUGGACAAACAAACAGGUCAAAGGACUGGAGAGUUAAAGGAGCUUCAGCAUUUGCGCAAAAGACUUGCAAUCUCAGGAGUUGGUAACAUUCACCAUGAGGGAAAUGGUUUGGAAGCAGAUAUCAUGAAAAACAAGGAGUAUCUGGACCAACUUGUUUUGAGAUGGGGAAGAGGUGAUGCAUACUUUUUGAGAUGGGGAAGAGGUGAAGAUAAUGACACCAGUGAUCAUGGUCCAGAAAAUGACAGAGAAGUGCUCAACAACCUCCGACCUCAUACAAACCUCAAACAACUUGAGAUUGAAUCUUAUGGGGGUUUAAGAUUUCCAGGUUGGUUAGGAGAUCCAUCUUUCUCUAAACUAUUUUGUAUUCGACUUACAGAUUGCAAACAUUGCCGCUUAUUGCCAGCACUUGGGCAAUUACCUUCCCUCAAGAAGCUUUGUAUUGAAGGGCUGAAGAACGUGGUGGAGAUUGGUAGUGAGUUUUACGGUACUGACACUUGUGGGAUUACUCCAUUUAGAUCUCUAGAACAAUUGUCCUUCAGAAAUAUGUUGGAGUGCGAAAAGUGGUCAUAUUAUGAUGGAAGCAUAGGCAACACGACAAUAAUGUUUCCCAAUCUUCGUCGGCUUGAACUGAAACUUUGUCCCAAGCUGACUGAGAUGUUACCGUUGGAGAAGCUGCCAAGACUUGAAAGGGUAGGAUUGUGGGCGCUGAAAUCCUUCAAUGGUUCACUUUCACAUGUGGAAUCGACAUGCCCUAAAUUCCCCUCCCUCAGUUACUUGCACAUUGAAGGAUGUCCAAAUUUUGUAUGUUUUCCAGAUGGAGGGAUGGAUGCGCCCCAAUUGGAGUAUCUGCAUAUCAAUGGAUGCGAGAAAUUGAGGUCAUUGCCAGAACAAAUGCAUACCCUUCUACCAUCUCUUCAGAAUUUGAUGGUAAUUGGCUGCCCAGAAGUGGAAUCAUUUCCUCAAGGAGGGUUGGCGUCAAAUAUACAAGACCUUUCUUUUCAGUGUUGUAGAAAACUCGCUGCAAACCGCUCACUGUGGGGUUUAACAAGACUCAACUCUCUUAGACAUUUGAAAAUCAGAUUCAGUGAAGAAGGUGGAGAAGAAAUGGGAUGUUCGUUUCCGGAAGAGGGUUUACUGCCCGCCACUCUCACUCGUCUCUCCAUCUACAAUCUCCCGAAUCUUACAACCAUCCAAGGCAAGGUUUUGAGACAACUCACCUCUCUUGAAGUUUUCACGAUACACCAAUGCCCUGAGCUCCAGGGCUUUCCAGAAGAAGCGCCCAAAUCUCUGAAAAGCUUGACUAUUUGGGAGUGCCGUAAUCUCGGGAGAUUGCCAAGAGAAUGGCUUCCCAAAUCUCUUUCUGGACUGAAAAUCCAGCGGUGUCCACUGCUAGAAGAACGAUUCCGAAGAGAGACAGGGGAAGAUUGGCCCAAGAUUGCUCACAUCACCAACAUAGAUAUAGAAUGUUCUUGAAGUUGGUACUUGCCGAAUUCUCUCUCUCAGGUGUAUGUAUGUGGGUGUCUAUAUGUAUUUACAUAUCAUCUGAAUGGCCAAAAACACUUUAGUUGGGUACUAUUCUGAUGGGGUUUUUUUUUAGUAUGUUUGGUUAGUGUUCCAACUCCAGGCUCCAGCAGCACAUGCUCAUUGUCAUUGUAUGUAUCAAGCUGUCUCGAUCCAUCCGAUUUGUGCCGUCAGUUAAUCAAAGGCUAUUUAUUUAGACUU